AUGGCAGAAUGGCCGUUCUUCACUUCUCGACUUCUUCCGGCGAGACGUGACGAUGUGGCUUGUCACGGCGGCUUGUUUUAUACCGUACCGGUAAGGGUCGUACAGUCCGGCUACGGAAGUGACGUGGGACCCACCAGGCUUGACGCAUUGGUACUUUCACCGGAUGCAAACAGGAGAGCAAUCCAUCCUCCUCUGCCACCACCACCACCACCACCACCACAACAACCACCCACUAUUACUACCACAAUCACAGCGACGCCGGACGGUCAUGAAGCCCAGUUCAGAUCCUGCCUGACCGAGUGCCAAUCGUGCUGGCUUCCUGUCCACCAGAGCAGGUUGUCCUCUGGGGGCGCUCGCCUUCGGAAUUCACCAUAUCUACCUUCUAGUUCGUGGAGAGUCCUCCCUCCCGUCCCUAGAUCGUUGACUGCGAUCGCCUCACCCCCAACUCUCCGCCGCCGUCGUCGUCGUUGUCGUCGUCGCUCUCCUCUUCCUCUCCCUCACCACUCGCCUAGUCUCUGA